UUGUAGAAAGAAAUGGGGACCCAGGAGAGACCCUGGGGAUAAACCCACAGUUAAAGGGUAUGACAUAGGUUAUAAUCCCACAAGAGACUAAGACUUGAUCUGUCAAGAGAGAGCACCAUCAUGAAACCCUAGAGAGAAUAUUCAGGAGAAGAUGCUCAACAUUGUCAAAUGCUCCAGAGAACCUGUAAUUCACAUUUCAAUAGGUUAACUGGAUGGUUAAGCCAUAUAGGUUUUUCGGUUGUUCAAGGUCUGGAGAAGUAGACUAUAACAAGAAGACCCUGUCAUCUUGAAGAAUAAUAUGGGCUUCGGGAACAUGAAGUCUCUUUUGAAAACAUUCAAAAAGAAGAGCGAGGGGACUGUUUAAAAGAGACUGGGAACCGUGGCUGCAAGACUGGGGCCCGAGGACUGGCAGUGGAAAACCCUCCUAAGCUGUGAUAUAUCACCAAAAAGCUCUUGGUGCCUUUUUGCCUCCUGCAAAAGAAGAGAAGAGGACAAAAAGACAAUGUCAAUAGCCCUGAAGCAGGUUUUCAAUAAAGACAAGACCUUUCGGCCUAAGCGCAAAUUUGAACCUGGUACCCAAAGGUUUGAGCUCCACAAAAGGGCACAGGCCUCUCUGAACUCCGGGGUGGAUCUGAAGGCAGCAGUGCAGCUACCCAGUGGGGAAGACCAGAAUGACUGGGUUGCUGUUCAUGUAGUAGACUUCUUCAACCGUAUCAACUUGAUCUAUGGCACGAUCUGUGAGUUCUGCACUGAGAGGACCUGUCCUGUGAUGUCUGGGGGCCCAAAAUAUGAGUACCGGUGGCAGGAUGACCUUAAGUACAAGAAACCUACUGCACUGCCAGCCCCCCAAUAUAUGAACCUUCUCAUGGACUGGAUUGAGGUACAGAUCAAUAAUGAAGAUAUAUUUCCUACCAGUGUAGGUGUUCCUUUCCCAAGGAAUUUUCUUCAGAUCUGCAAGAAGAUUCUAUGUCGUCUUUUCCGGGUAUUUGUGCACGUCUACAUCCAUCAUUUUGAUCGUGUGAUCGUGAUGGGUGCGGAAGCCCAUGUCAACACCUGCUACAAACACUUCUAUUACUUUGUCACAGAGAUGAACCUCAUAGACCGCAAGGAACUAGAGCCCUUGAAAGAGAUGACCAGCAGGAUGUGUCACUAAAGAGCCAUCCAUCAUAAGGAGGAAUGCAAUUUCCUCAGGGGGCUGAAUAGGAGCAUGAAGUGGACCUUUCAGAAACUGAAAUAACUUGUUGAUUCCCAGGAGGUUGGGCACUGGCAGUGAUUUUUCUCCGCCAUGCUUCCCAUCCACUGUGUAUGCUCUUAACCCUCGGAGUGCUGCUAGCAAUAUUCUGUUGACCGGGUGUAUUACAAAGCAAAGCAAAGAAAGAGAAAGCUUCCAUUUAUUUUUCUGGUUCAAGAACUCUCCAGAAUGAAGCCUCUGCAGUUACAGACUCUUAACAGUUCAGUACAUGUUCCAGUUGUUUCAGCUUUACUGGAAUUCAGGUCUUGAGACUGAGAUACAUAUUUGUACUUUUCCCCCCCACUGACUAGACCAGUUGUCAACUGGUCAUUUUUUCCUGUGUUUUAUUUUCUAAGUACAGUGUGAAUUUGAGAACUCUGGAUCCUCAACAGGUUUUUUUUUUCUAUUAACAAGUUUUACAUUCUAUAAAGUCCUAUCAUGAUCCUGUAUAAUAUUUUGAAAUUCCAUACAUUAAACUCUUGAUAAAUCUAUCAGAGAGCAAAAGCAUAACUUGCUUUUAUGGGUCUGCUGCUUAUGAGGUCCUACUCCAUUUUCAAAUAGUGUCUUUAUAUUAUAACUAGAGGAAGUUCAAACACCACCUUCUGCAAGUGACUUUUGCUGAUGCCUCCCAGCUACUAGUGCCUUCCCCCUUUUUCACCCCAUCCAUACCCCUACACAAAAUGUUACCCUUUAUCUGUUUUGUAUAUACUUAUAUAUGUCUGUAUUGUCUUUCCUGUUAGAAUGUAAACUCUUUGAGGGCAGGGACUCUUGUUUUUUUUGUUUUUUGGGGUUUUUUUUGGAUUUGUGUCCCCAGACCUUUACACAGUACCUGGCACAUAGUUGGUGCUUAAGAAAUGCUUGUGGGUUGAUUGAUUGAGUCAUAAUUUCCCAGAAUAAGGUUUGCCAAAGCAUUGGCUAAGUUCUUGAGUGACUUUGGUUAUAGUAUGCAUUCAAUUAAACAUUUAUCCAGUGUCUACUACAUGCAAGACACUGUACUAAGCCUUGGGGAUACAACAACAGGAAAUUAAAAGAGCACCUGUCCUCAAGGAAUUUUUUUUCUAUUGGAGGAUACACCAUGGACACAAAUAAGGAAAUUCAAAGUAUAUACAAAGUAAUCUGCAAGAAGUAGAGUGUGCUAAUUAAUUGUUGGGGGCAGGGGAUAGAGAGGGGUCAGGAAAACUCAUGUAUUUUGCACUCUCCUUUACUCCCUUACUCUUUAUCUCUUCCAUUCGGAAAAUUCUUCCUUUUGUUAGAAGGGACACAAAUGGAAACUCUGAAUUACAACUGGGCAAUUCAGUGGUGAGAGAAGGCAGUCACCCACCUUUUAUAUGGGAUUAUGUGAACAAAACAUUCAGUUGGUAGACUUUUAGCCUCAGCCUGUGGUACAUCACACAAGUCUAUAUCUACUUUCUCUUUCUUAUAGUGCCUGCAACACUGUAUUGCAAAAUAUCGUGGCCUACAAGGUACAUAGUAUUUCAGCCUCAUACUGUGCCAUGUUGUCCAAAGACACAGUAUAGCUCUUAUUUCUGCAUCUAGUCUCUUCCCACUUUUCUUUUCAUUUGACAGUCCCUAUGAUAUAUUCUGUGCUGGUUUAUAUAAUCACAGAAUUUCAGAGUUGGAAGAGACCUCAGUGACCAUCUUGUCUAGCUCAUCCCUGAAAAAUAAUGUCCACCAUAAGAGAGUAAUCUUUUAAAAAAAAUUAUACAGGAUUUUGGUAGAUGAAGUAUUCAUUUUGUCUUUUUACCCAUGGUCCUAACAGGCUCUAGUCUGGGACAUCCAUUUACUUCAUGUUGAUUUGAAUUUCACAAAAUAUCAGUUUGUGAAAAAUAACCAGAAGAAUAAGAUUAUCAAAAUGGAUAUUUUAAUGCAAUUUUUUAAUUAAAGUAUAAAUACAAAUAGAUCAGAAGAAAUAAAAUUAUGCAUCCACACGGACUAAGGGCUAGACUUUUGAACCCCAUAGCAUUCAGUGUUGGGUCAACCAAGAAGACCUACCUUUGCUUUGGAAGAGGGUGUAAUUUGACUCUUUUUAAAGGCCCCAGAUGCUUCUAUCUCUCUCUAUACUCUUGGUAUUCAGUUUUAUUAGAUCACUGACAAACAUGCCUCUCUACUGUGUACCUGUGUCCCUAUAUGGAGAGAAAAACAAAGAUCAACUAUGUUGAUCUAUCUUAAGCAUCAUUUUUGGUCAGGAAUCCAUAGAGAAAAUAUCCCAAAGAUUCAAAGAAAAAAAUAAGUAGAACCAUCUUCAGACCUAUGCAAUAUAACAAAACCUUUAUGAAACACAAAUAAAAUAUAAAUCUUGGUGAGUCUUCUUCUCAAAACCUUGUUGUGUCUUUGAAAAACUUAAAAAUAUUGGUUUUGAAAUCAAAAUCAUGAGUUUUCCUAUGUUUCACUGAUGCCACUUAGUAUGCUAUUUGUGCCUAAUUUUGUAGAAGUUGGAAAUCUGAAUUUGUUAACAAAUCUUUUUAAUACUGUUUUUAACUAUUUCUGCAUAUGAAAUUUCUGCUCAACUUUUUUUUAAGUAGCUUUGUGAGUUUUUUUUCCUCUUGGUACAGUUUUCCUCUAGCUGUACAUCCUCCUAAUUGCACUAAUGAACUAUUCUAAGGUGUGUGUGUUUUGUUUUGUUUUGUUUUUUACAAAAUAUUGUGGGUUUGUGUUUGUGUUUUGUUUUGAUUUUUGUUGUUUUAGUUAUAAACUGGAUCUGUAAGAUUUUGUUUAGCAAAUUCCAGAAAGAAACUAUUAGGCAAUUUUGACCACUUUUUGUUGGCCUGACUGUAUAACGUACAUGUGUAUGUGAAAGGAAAGGAAAUAAAGUGGAUGAAAACCCUAAAGAGAACAGCAUAAUCCUUUAACUCUUGGCCUAGCAUGAGGCCUCCCUGCUUUGGGAAAAGAUGAUAUAAAUAUGGACUUCAUUCCUGGCUUUUAUUGUGCUUUAUUAUGUCAUUGACUAACAUCACUGUGACAGUUGGAUGAGAGUUCUAAAUGAAAAAAGAGGAUGCAAAGUAAUUAACCCAAGAGUUUUGGAUAUGCAAUACUAGAUAACAUGCCCCAGUUCAUAGUAAAUUUAAUGAUCUCUUUAUUAUAAUCUAUUUUGUUCAUGUUCCUUGAUGUGUUCAGGAAUAUUAGGUGCCAUUUCAAUGGAUGUCAAUUCUAACAUUCCAUUUAACUGAAAGAUGAAGAAGAUAGAAUUCCCUUACAGGAAAGAUUUGAGUCAAUUUCUGUGGUGCAUUUGAAUUUUCCAUUUGCGUUGUAAUUUAACCAGAUAUAAAAUAUGUGCACUUCUCUUAUUUUACUUAUCUCAUGUUCUUACACUUAGGUCCUCAUGGUUUGUUAAUCUAGCCCUUGCUACUGCUUUUUUUGCCUUAAAGAACCUCUUCACCUUGUAUUCUCUCAGGACUACAGAUACUUGUCUUAGAAAAAGUGGGUAAAAGGGACAUUUAGAAGCCAUCUGGUCCAUUCCUCCUACUCUGCAGGCAGAACAAUACAAUGAAUGAAAACUAUUCUAUUUUUAAAGACCUUCAAACAAGGAAAUUCUACAACUCCUUUGGGUAGUUUGCCCUAGGCUUCAAGAAUUGUUGAAAUACUUCUGAAAUACAACUCAUGUAAAUCAGGUAUGCUUCAGGUUAAACACAGUUUCCACCCCCCACCCCCCAACCCCCACCCCAAUUGUGUUCUGAAUGGAGAUCAAGGAUAACAGUAUAUUUUAUACUAGGGCCCUUCAUAUGGGUAAAGGCUAUUAUGGAAUUGCCCUUUAGCCUUCUCAUCUUCAGACUGAAUAAUCCAUUCCUUGAACAUUCUUUCCUAGGUCUUUUUUGUUGUUGUUUGGUUUUUUAAUGGACCUCUGAUUUAACCCAUGUGAGGAAUCCUUGGUGUGGAAACUCCACCAAUGCCAAUUAGCAACUAACAUGUAUGUAAGCCUUUAAGGUUUACAAAGCAUUCUUUUGCAAAUAUUAUCUACUAAGAGUUUAAGUACCUUAACGAUAUUCACAUUGCAAGUUUAGGACUUGAACCCAGGUCCUCCUGACUCCAAGUCCUUCUCUUGAUCCCAUAUGUCAUGCUGCCCCUCUAGCUCCUACUAUACUUCCUUAAUCAUCUUUGUAAUUCUCUUGGAAAUUUUCUAACAUUCUCUGUUUCCCCAUGGAGUUAUAAAGACCAAAAGCAGACACAGUGCACUGACCAAUAAUGACCAUACUAGAAGGAUUAUCUCAUAAUUCUCCUUUAUUACACACCAACAUAAGCUGCACUACUCACUUCCUGGCCCAUCCAUGAUACAGUAUGAGGCCUGGAUCUUAUAUUACCAUGCCUGCACAUAAGCAAUUCUUAGCUUAAUUAUUUAUGCUUUGUCUUUUCAAGGACUUUGAGCAUGACAUCACUGAAUCCAUUUUGUAUCUGACCACUUUUAAAAAUUUACUAAAGUUUUUUUAAUUCUGAUACAGGAUUCUAUUCCAGUUCAUCUGCACCUACUCCUAGAUAGCAGUCUCUACAAACAUAAUCUCUAUUCUGUAUCCAUGUCAUUGAAAAAGUAUUCAAAUGGAAAUAGCACUGACACCCUAGGGCUAAGGUUUCAAACAUAGCACCCCCCCCAAGUUCAGCCAAAUCAAAUUAAAAUAUGAUUGGGAAAUAUUAAAUAAAAUAAAUGUAAAUACAAUCAAACAUAGAUAAUGUUAGUAUAUGGUCUAAGUGAAUAUGCCACCCACCCCCAUUUCUAUUUGAGUUUGACACCAUUGCACUAGGGAGUAUUACUUGUUGCAUGCUUCUCCUCUCUGCUUUCAGCUCUCCCUUUCACCAUCCUGCAAGCUCCAUUGAUAUUCUCUAGAAAUGAUUUUCAAGCCACUUGUAUUCUCUCUAAUAAUUUAGACCCCUUCCUAAUGUGAUUACUUUAUAUAUCAUGUGAACUAAAAGUAAAAGACAGGAUGGAUAUCUGUUACUUCAUCCUGAGGAACCAUCUGAUAAGAAUUUUACCUCUUAAGAUGCCUGUAAUAGGGUGAAUCAGGUGGUUUGAAGGGCACUACCUAAAGAUGGCCUUUAUAAAUAAUCAACUAAAAUAAAACUUCCUCCAUAUAAAAUAUAUUCUAAUACUGUUGGGAUUUUUUUAAAAAACAUGUUGUUGUUCUACUGAGCAGUAAUAGAGAUAAGAAAGCAGUGUGUUAGAAAUAGGCUCCCACCUUUAGGAAUAGGAUUCUAGGGGCAGAAGAGAGGGAAUAGCACCAAGCCAGAAAUUAGUGGUAUAGAUUAAUAUACAAAAAAUGACAUUUACUGGGCAAGAGAUAUCAGAGGAAAUGUAGGACCAUUUUCCCUCCUGUGAAGUUAAUGGCACAGUGAUCAAAGGGAGUCCCAAGUAAGACUUUUGUCAUGUCAAAUAAUUUCCACUUUAACCCUUUUGCUCUUGUUGAAAGAUAUGAUGCUAUUCUGGAUUUAGCCAAACAGAGUUGACUUUUUUUGAUUGGUGGGUUUUUUAAGUUCCUGCUUAAAAAAAAAAACCCAGAUAAAUUUAAGUUUUAUAAUAGGAUGUUCUUCUCUGGACUUUAAUUAGUUCUGGGUAAGAUUUUUCCACUGAAUAGAUAGAUUUUUGUAAUUUUUAGAAGAGUGAGCCAGUUUCUAAUGAAGCAGUUAUUUUGUUUGACUACUUUUUAGUCUUCAAACUUCUCAUUUGCCCAGUAUCUUUUUUAGCAAUAUCCAAGAAAACAUUUUUAGAAUAUUGUAGCUGUCUGUGAUUAGACAAGGGUUUUAAUGUUAGAAAGCAGACUAACAUCAUUGUCAGAAUUGAAAAAUUGGGUAAAAUGGAAAGGUAGUUGUGAAAUCAAUUCUCAUU